AGAGAGAGAGGGAAAGAGAGAGAGAGAGAGAGCACGUUGAAAGAAGUGCGCAUGCGCGAAAGAUCUCCCGCCUCUCUUCGAGCAAGUGAGAGAGCUUAGAGCGCUCAAGCGAGAAGCGCAAGGCGGAUCACGGAGCGGGAGCAUUGCUACCGUCAGUUUCACUUUGCAUCUCCAUCAAAGUGGCCGUCUAAAGUGUUCAAAGAGACUUUAAACUAACAUCGAGCAUUCAUUAUAAAAAAAGAAAGGAGAUACAUAUUUAUCUAUUUAUCUAUCUAUCUAUUUAUCAAAGUAUAGAAAUAAAAAAUUUUUUCGUAUCGUACGACGUUGGGGCACUUCUUUAAUUUUUUAAGGAAAAUAAAAAAGAAAAUAAAAAGAAAAAAGAAAGCAUAAAAAUAACAAAAGAAAAAGGCUAGAUAAUAAAACACUCGGAAGAAGAGGUGUGGACCUAUGUCCGAGAAAUUAAGGGACGACGACACGAUGAAAGCUAACACGGCUGCUACAAAGAUUCAAGCAAAUUUUCGCGGCUAUCGCGUGAGAAAACAAUUGAAGGAAACGAAACCACAACAGCCGUAUCAGAAGAGACAACAGAGCGACGAUGAGUCUACAUCAUCGAGUACGUCGACUUUAAAAAGGCAAAAUACUAGGGAGGCUCUCGAAGAAAAAUCAGCAACGAAAAUCCAAGCCGGAAUUCGUGGAUUUCUGCGCUUCGUUGAGUGAGCACCCACGUGCACGCAACUUAGAACGGAACAAACGAGAAAGGAGGAUGGUAUUGACCCAGUUUUGAUGCACCGUGCAAUGGCUUUUCUUUCUUAACUAGCAAACUCUUCGGUCAAGAAAAAAAGAAAGAAAGAAUGAAAGAAAAGAACGUGUCUUCAAACACGUUUCAUGAUAGUCUGUCGAAGAAAAAGAAAAAAAAUCCUAUGUUUCUUCGUUGAAGAAUUUCUUAUUAAAGAAAUUAAAAAGAGAAAACAGAAAAAGAGAGAGAGAAAGAAAGAAAAAGGAAAAGGAAAGAGAAAAGAAAAAGAAAGAGAGAAAGAGAUGAAAGUUGAAAACCGGAAGGAAUGUCAACAAAUUAGAAAACGCAUUUUAACGCAGCUAUGAAGAAAAAAGAUAUGAAACGAGCGACAUUUAUUCUCAACUUCUCUCACGACCUGACUCUUCGUCAUCUCGGCUCUCCUCCUUUUCAUACGCGUGUGUCCGGCCGAUGGACGUUGAUGACUUGUUACAAAAAUAUACUCUGCUUGUUCUUUAAGCCCAUGUCGGCGAAGAAUUUCACCUUGACGAGAAAUUAUUCCGAGAGACAUUUGACGUAAUCGUUCGUACAAAUACGAGGGGUAAAGAUACGCGGUGCAUUUUCCUCUCUUUCUAUCUUUCUCUAUUUAUACGUUUGUCUAUCUCUCCCCAUCUCUCCCCCUCCCCUCUCUCUCUCUCUCUCUCUCUCUUUCUUUCUUACCUGUUACUUAUAUAGUUAUUUUUCGAAUUAUAGUCUCGAAGCAUCAGCGACAAUCGCUUUCGUUUUCUAAUGGUCCGCUAACUAUUCAAAUCGACCAAUCAAAACAAAAGCGUUUUUCUAUCAAAUGAAAAUGCGCUAUUUUCGAAUCGUUUCAUACACCCCGACGGUGAUCAGAAAGCAUCCAGAAUAAACGAUGAAAAACAAACUCUAUCAAAUAUGACAUAAUUCUUUGUGUGUGCGCGUGCUUGUGUGUGUGUUUACAUUUUCUGGUUUACAUUGUAUAAAAUCCAUGAUACUCUUGUAUCUCCUAGAUGUAAUCGAUUAUACAUCGAAUGAUAAAUGUUUCCACAUAUAUGAUUCGUAUUAUAGAUUUAAAGUAACACAUACAUCUUGAAAAAUUGAUUGUGAAUCAUAAAAGAUCAUAAUACAGAACCCUUCGUAGAAUUUUGAUUGAGCUGUGGUAUUGUAAUUAUAAGUUUCACCUAUUUAAAAUUCAGUAAAGUCAACUUUUGCUUUACGUCAUGAUUUUUUUAUAUUUCGACAUCAAUUUUCUUUAUUCAACACUCUGCGUAUAUAUAUAUAUAUAUAUAUAUAUAUAUAUAUAUAUGUAUAAUAAAUAUAUAAAUACUUACGAUCUUUUAUGCGAACGGAGAAUACUAUUAAAACUAAAAAAAUAUUUAUUUUGCGAUAAAUAAUAUAAACACAUACACUUGUACAUCACGUGUAUGUAACAAAAACCAUGUCGAUUCACAAAGAGUAUUCGCUUUAAUUGAACUUCUUAAAGCGUCGAUUUCGUUGUAUUAUUAUUAAUAUAGAACGACACUUGUGCGAUAUUUAGAUUUCUGCGAUAUAACGAAUUACGUCAAAAUUCACGUGUAACCGUGUGUCACUAAGCACAUUAUACAAUUAUUAUUUAUUUAACGAAUGUGUCAACGUUACGUAAAUAAGAGUUCUUAUUGUUAUA